AUGGAAAUUUGCAAGCAAGCUUGCUUGAAAAUUGCUCUUGCAAAGCAGCUCUUUUUCGAUACAGUUUCAAUACUUCAGUUGGUGCAAAGACAAUUAAAUGCAUCAGUUCCAUCUAUUGCACCAAUUCCAUAUGAUUCCAUUCCUAAAGCUCCAAACAAAAGAUCAAGAAGGGUUCUGGUGUUAAUUUUGGGGUUAGUUUUAAGCAUUGCAACAUUUGCAAUUUUCUUGAUUUGCAUAUGUUUGCGAUAUAUAAGAAAACAAUACUCUGCAGAGGAAGGAAGAGAGAAUAAUGUUGAUGAGGAAUGCAAUAAUUUAUUUCUCCAAGUAACGAACUCGCCCAGAAGAUCCACUUUUCAGGAUUUGAAGUCUGCAACAGAUGAUUUCCGUAGAAAGCGUGGUGGAGGAGGAUUCGGAUCAGUCUUUGAAGGCACUUUUUUGAGUGAUGGCACGAAAGUUGCAAUAAAGCGCUUAGAUCAAUUUGGCCAAGGAAGAAAAGAGUUUUUAGCAGAAGUAAAGACAAUAGAGGGUACACCAGAAUGGUUGAGCAGAAAGAUAACAGAAAAGGUUGAUGUGUACAGCUUUGGUGCUGUCAUCUUAGAAGUUGCCUGUGGAAGGAAGAAUCUAGACCAAACUCAGCCAGAGGAAGAUGAUAUAUUGCUCCUGCCUAGAGUAAAACAAAAGGCAGAAGAGAAUCGACUCAUUGAAUUGGUCGAUAAGUGCAGUGAAGAUAUGCAGCAACAUGUAGAAGAGGUUGUGGAGACGAUAAGAAUUGGGAUUUGGUGCUUGCAUAAUGAUCCUCCAAAAAGGCCUUCAAUGUCUAUGAUGGUAAAAGUUUUAGAAGGUGUGAUGACCAUGGAACCUGUAUCUGAUUAUGGCUUCUUGACAUAUUCUGUGGGGGAGGCUCUGAUGGUAAAAACAGCCACAAACGGUAAACAAAUAAAUGCGGAAUUAAUCUCUGUUUGUCUAAACUUUCCCAACUUGAAUGAACCCCGAGGAUGCAAACAAAUAGGAUGUUCUUAA